GGCGGCUCCGCGUAAGCGAAUACCUGGCUAUCCAAUCAGGAAAGGCCUUGUUGAGAAAGACUUCGGCCGUGUCCAAUCAGUGGUUGCAGUCUUCCAACAGGCGGGGCUUUGACGGAGGUGGGACUUCCUGUUUCAAAUAAACACUUUAAGAGGUUGCCCCCCUCCGCCCACCGAAGUGUGCCCACGUCUGGAGGUCGGUAGCCGUUUUCCCGUGAGAGGGUGAAGGAAAUCUCGUAUAUCAGAGGGCACGAUUAAGACGUGGGCCAACUGCAAAGGUCUGUCUGGAGGCUCAGGGCCGCAAGACCAGGCUCUGGUUGUUUUCUCGACUUUAGGGCCCCCGGCCGGUGCUUUCGGGCAUCAGAGCCAAGUUGGAAGGAGAAUCUGAGGAGGCUUCGCCUUGGGCUUGGAGGAAGCUGACCCUUCUCGUCGUGCCUGGGCUGCAGGAGCUGCGGGUGGCCUUGGGCUCGAACUCCGAGGUUAUGCGACUCGAUGAUCCCACGGAAACGCUACGGAUCUAAGAACACGGAUCAAGGUGUCUACCUGGGUCUCUCAAAGACGCAGGUUCUGUCCCCUGCAACUGCUGUCGGGAGCAGCAGUGACAUCAUCGCUCCUUUGCCCACCCCGGUGGCCCUGGUCCCCUCCCCUCCCGACACCAUGUCCUGCCGGGAUCGGACCCAGGAGUUCCGGUCAGCCUGCAAGUCGCUGCAGAGCCGUCAGAAUGGAAUCCAAACAAAUAAACCAGCUCUACGUGCUGCCCGACAACGCAGUGAAUUUACCCUCAUGGCCAAGCGCAUUGGGAAAGAUCUCAGCAAUACAUUUGCCAAGCUGGAGAAGCUAACCAUCUUGGCAAAGCGCAAGUCCCUCUUUGAUGAUAAAGCAGUAGAAAUCGAGGAGCUAACAUACAUCAUCAAACAGGACAUCAAUAGCCUCAACAAACAAAUUGCUCAGCUUCAAGAGUUUGUGAGGGCCAAGGGAAACCAGAGUGGCCGGCAUCUGCAGACCCAUUCUAACACCAUUGUAGUUUCAUUACAGUCAAAAUUGGCUUCCAUGUCCAAUGACUUCAAGUCAGUUUUAGAAGUGAGGACUGAGAAUCUGAAACAGCAGAGGAACCGUCGGGAACAGUUUUCCAGGGCACCAGUGUCAGCCUUGCCCCUUGCUCCUAACCACCUUGGAGGUGGUCCCAUAGUUUUGGGAGCAGAGUCUCGAGCCUCUAGGGACGUGGCCAUCGACAUGAUGGACUCUAGAACAAGCCAGCAGCUUCAGCUCAUUGAUGAGCAGGACUCCUACAUCCAGAGUCGGGCAGACACCAUGCAGAACAUUGAGUCUACAAUCGUUGAGCUGGGCUCCAUUUUUCAGCAGUUGGCACACAUGGUUAAAGAACAAGAGGAAACAAUUCAGAGGAUCGACGAGAAUGUGCUUGGAGCCCAGCUGGAUGUUGAGGCCGCCCAUUCAGAGAUUCUCAAGUACUUCCAGUCAGUCACCUCUAAUCGGUGGCUCAUGGUCAAAAUCUUCCUCAUCCUCAUUGUCUUCUUCAUCAUCUUUGUGGUCUUCCUUGCCUGAACCCUCCUCUCUCACUCUGAGGCACUCCAUGGAGGACUUGGGAACUUCCUGGGAGGCCAGGUGGCCACUGUUGCCAUUAAGCCUGUGCAGGGUGGUUGGGAGAAAGGCCAUUUCCUUGGAACUGCUAAGAAUGGCCAGUAUCCCUGAUUGCCCACCCUUGUCUCUGGCCACUCUGUCCUAUCCUCAGGCCCAUGAAACACACUGGUUCUGGAUUUGGACUCUGCUGUGAAGUAGCUGGGAGCAGAAGCCAGCUAGGGGCCAGUGGGGAGGUUGUCUCCACCAUGAGAUUUUUUUUAUAAACCCUUCCCAGCCUCCCCCAAAGGUAACUGGCAGCAAGAGGAGAUAUAACCCCUCCUUGCCUUGAGAAUGAGGCAAGGAAGUAAAACUCUCCCAGGGACCAACUUUAUCAUCUGGGUUAGUUAGAACUUGACUGCCUUCCUCACUUCACUGUGUGAGGUGAGGGGGCUCUGAGCCCUACAGUUACCUGCACAAACCUGACUUUGGCUACUGGUGACUUUCAAUCUGCCAAAUGUGCUGCAGCCUGUUUCCUCCCAAUUACAGCAAGACUGUCAGCUUCACGAGCGAUGUUGUCAUUUAUGGGUGGGAUUGUCAAGGGCUUCAGCAGGAAGCAAACAAUUGCUCAAUACCAGAAUCAAAAGGGUUGA